CACACAAAGACAUUGAGAAAUCAUAAGUAAAUGUUGACCCAACCCACUAGGGUUUCCAGUUCCCCUAUAAAAAGCAUAGUUUGUCCUGUUACCUCCUGCUGAUUCCUGCUAUAGGCCCAGUAUGAACCUCCUGCUCACUUCAUUGUUGGGGUGCCUUGUUUUGGCGCUGCCCUUAGCCAGUGGUGAAAAAAUCAAAUGGUGUGUGACAUCACAGCCUGAGUUAAAUAAAUGCAACAAACUUGCCACUAAAGCACCAGAGCUUGAAUGUUUUCUCCAAAAGGAUGUGACUGAAUGCAUGACAAGCAUCAAGACUGGUGCUGCAGAUGCUAUAACAGUUGGUGGAUAUCAUGUAUUUCAAGGGGGACUCACAAACUACGAGCUUCAUCCUAUCAUUGAAGAGAAGUAUAAAAAAGGACAAGAAACAUGUUAUGCUGUUGCUGUGGUAAAAAAAGACACCGCUUUCACCAUUAAAGAUCUAAGUGGGAAAACGUCCUGCCACGAUUGCUAUAAAUCACGUGGAGGCUGGUUUAUCCCUAUUGGCAAACUGAUUUCUGAAAGAGUAAUUCCCUGGGAUGGUUCUGAAGAAAAAUCUCUUGAAAAGGCUGUGUCUGAGUUUUUCUCAGCUAGCUGUGUUCCUGGAAUAUCAAAAGCCAAUUAUCCUAAUCUGUGCAAGGGUUGCAAGAGUGACUGCUCCUGCCCACCCAAAGAAAGCGAUGAGCCCUUUGCGUGCUUGAAGAGUGAUGCAGGACAGGUUGCCUUUAUUUGUCACAAUAAAAUCCCAUCGGCUGAGAAACAGGACUAUAAGCUGUUGUGCAUGGACGGUAGCAGUAAAAGCGUUGACGAGUACAAGGACUGCCACCUUGGCAAAGUGGUUGGCCAUGCUGUCAUUAGCCGCAAGGAUGCCAGUUUAUCAGACCAGAUUUUUAAAGUCCUCAGUCAAAUUCCGUCCGCAGAUCUUUUCUCAUCUGAUGGGGGUAAAGACUUGAUGUUCUCAGACUCUGCAACUGGCUUGAUCAAACUGCCAGAGAUCACAGAUUCCUUUUUUUUCCUAAAAAAUGAGUAUGAGAUCAUGCUUGCACUUAAAGAUGGACCUAAACCAAUCCCACCUUCACCUCGGCCUGUUGUUAAUUGGUGUACCAUUGGGCAUGGAGAAAAAGCCAAGUGUGAUGAUUUAAGCGGUAAAAUUUCCCGUUUGUCUUGUCAGUCUGCACCUUCUGUGAAUGACUGCAUCGUAAAAAUCAAGCGGGGAGAAUUCGAUGCCAUUGCAGUUGAUGGUGGGCAGGUGUGGGCUGCUGAAAAGUGUGGUCUGGUUGCAGCCAUGGCUGAGCAGUAUAAUCAGGCAAAUUGUGAGAUUAAUGAUGCUGAGGCCUCAUCUUACUACGCUGUGGCUGUGGUGAAAAAGGGCUCUGGUGUAACCUGGAAUAACCUUAAAGGAAAGAAAUCCUGCCACACUGGUUUGAACCGCAAUGCUGGUUGGAAUAUCCCACAAACUGUGCUCUGCAGAGAGAAGAAUGAAUGUGACAUGUACACGUUCUUCAAUAAAGGCUGUGCUCCUGGCGCUGACCCUAAAUCAAACAUGUGUGAACUGUGUAAAGGCAGUGGGAAGACAGUGGGAGAUGCGAGCAAGUGCAAAACCAAUCCUGAUGAGCAGUAUUAUGGCUAUGAUGGGGCUUUCAGGUGUCUUGCAGAGGGACCCGGUGAGGUUGCUUUUAUCAAGCACAGCAUUGUUUCAAGUAACACAGAUGGCAAUGGACCAGAUUGGGCUAAGAAUCUGAAAUCAGAAGAUUUUGAGUUGAUUUGUCCAACUUCACCAUUCAAAGCAGGAAUCUCUGAUUAUGAAAAGUGUAACUGGGCUCUUGUACCUGCUCAUGCAGUGAUAACUCGAGAAGAUGUUCGCAAUGAUGUGGUUACCAUGCUGAAAGAUGCUCAAACUGUGCCGGACAACAACCUGUUCAAGUCACUUGGUGGUAAAAACCUAAUUUUCUCCGAUUCUACUAAAUGCCUUCAAGAGAUUAAAGAUUCCAAGAAGUUCCUGGGUGACGUCUACAAAGCCACACUUGAUCAAUCCAAACCCAUACCAGAGCUGGUGCAGGCGUGCACUCUGGAUAACUAUCCAGUAGAAGUUUGAAUCCAGUAAAGAAAUGCUCACCAAAUGCAAGCAAUUUUGUCUGACAUUUCUCCUGACUACAUCUAACUACAUCUUAGCAUCACUGGAUUUCUUCCUCCAAGUUUUGUUCAGUAUACAUAUAAAAAUGACAUUAAAAUGUUGCAGUAGUGUUACUACCAUAUAGUGUUACUAUGUUAGAGUAACUUCAGACUUCCAAAAAGAGUACAAUACUGGCAGAUCCUAUACGCAGGAGUCAGAUUUCAGCUUUGUCACACUUUCCUAAUUUUCCCAAAAGGGUUGAAAUAAAAAAACUCCAUAAAACUAUA